UCCGUUUGAGACAAAACGGUUGUUCUGCCUAAAAAUGGGCUGUACAACCGUCGCUAAACGGUGACAUAUACGAGUGACAUAGACAUCUUUUGGCUGACAAACCCAUGGUAACAACAUAAAACGGUCUGCCAAUCAGUAAGACAUUUCUUAACGUUGCUCUACAACACUUUUCUUUUUAGAAAAGAAAAAAAAAAUCUUGGUUCUAUCUCGAACGCCCUUUUCCAAACACAUUACCAUGUCAAACCAGGCUAUCGCAUUUGCCGCAGCAGGUCCUGCUUCGGUACUCAAGGUGGCCUCCAUCCCAAGAGAGAGCCCAACCGGAUGGGAUAUCUUGGUGAAAAACUUCGCUGUGUCUGUCAACCCUGUAGACACGAAAGUACGGUCCAUCAACCCAGGGUGGUCGCAGUCGGUUCGAGUGCUGGGAUACGACGCGGCAGGCAUAGUGGAAGAGAUCGGGCCCAAGGCCACUGACCUGUUCAAGAAGGGAGACCAUGUGUGGUACGCUGGGCUGUCGACUCGCAACGGGUCCAAUUCAGAGUUCACGCUGGUGGAUGGCCGCACUGUGGGAAAAAAGCCCAAAUCGCUCGAUUGGACGGUGGCGGCAGCGUUCCCUUUGGUCUCCUUAACGGCGUAUGAGUUGAUGAUCGAAAAGAUGGCCAUCCAAAAAGGGGACCCCGGCAACUUGCUCAUUGUCAAUGCAGCCGGAGGAGUUGGCUCCAUGGCCCUUCAACUUGCCACCAGCGUGCUUGGUAUCAAGAAUGUGGUGGCCACGGCGUCGCGGAAGGAAACCAUUGAAUGGGUGAAGAAGCUCGGAGCAACCCAUGUUAUAAACCAUCGUGAACCGCUCGGCCCACAAGUCGAAAAACUCGGCUUUCCCAUCAAGAACGUGCUUUUGUUCUUUGACCCUGAUGCUUACAUUCCUCAGGUCAUACCGUUUAUUCAGCCUUUCGGCAAGAUCGGUUCCAUUUUAGCGCCACAAAAAGCCAAUUUCUUAACCGGCCACAGGAAGAGCCUCACCUUGUACCUGGAAAGCAUGUUUGCCAAAUCUGAAUUUGGCAUGGAUGAGGAGUCUCAAGGCAAGAUACUCGAUGAGGUGGCGGAUCUCGUUGACGGUGGCCUCAUCCAAUCCAUUGUGUCUGAAGCCUAUCCCUACAAUGUUGAGAACCUGCAGAAUGCGCAUAAGAAGCUGGAAGCCGGUGCUGUGGUAGGCAAGAUUGUCUUGACUAUAAACGAGAAUUCUUUCAAAUAAUAAAAAAAAGUCAUUCUUAAUGUGCA